AUGAACACGGGGCACACCUAUAACAACUACGUCCCUUGCACCUGCAUCAGCCUGGGGGACGUACAGCAAUGUUGCCCUGGUGCCGUGGACUUGGGCCUGCCUAUUGGAGACCCACGUGUGUAUCCCGGUGUGGAGGGGGUUGUUCAGUUGCAGAGCUUUCUGCAGGAACUGGUGACCUUUAGCGACGUGGCCGUGAACUUCACCCAGGAGGAGUGGCAGCAGCUGGACUCCGACCAGAGGGACCUGUACAAGGACGUGAUGCUGGAGAACUUCCAGAACCUCAGCUCGCUGGACUCUGCCCCAGCUCUGCCGACUGAGAACCGGGGCUGCAGCUGCCCGCUGACCAACUGUGCUGGGAAGCAUGUGCCUUUGGCGGUCAGCCGAUUCUCAGAAGCUAAGCCCGUCAUCUACAGCCUCCUGACAGAGGAUGUCAGUCCCUACGUUACGGUCAACCGAGAGCUGGCUGCCGAACUGGAGUCGAGGCCGGAGAACGAGGCCGCAGCAGGAGUCAGCCGCCCAGGCCCAUUACCAGCGCUGGAGUCCGGGGAGCAGGGCGGGGGCCGUGCCUUGAGCCCCGGGGGACAGGACAGCACCUCCGAGCUUCUGCAGGGAGAGCCUCGGGCAGUUCUGCCCCCGAGGACUCCGGAAGGCCAGGACCACAGCGCAUGGGAGCUGCAGGCGCAUGGUCAUUUCGUGACAAACCCAGAGAAGCAGCCGUGGGCCCCGGGAAGAGAGGCGGCCCUGGCCCGGCAGCAGCGCGCGGACCCCGUAGACAAGCCCUUCUCCUGCCCUGACUGCGGGCGCCGCUUCCAAAGCAACGCCACCAUGGCCUCGCACCGGCGCGCGCACGCGGGCCACCAGCCCUUCCCGUGCCGGCCAGACAGCGCCUUGGGCCAGCGCACGCCCGUGGACGAGCGGCCCUACCGCUGCGGCGAGUGUGGCCAGGCCUUCGUGCACAACAUGCAGCUGGUGGGCCACCUGCACACGCACGCCGGCCAGCGGCCCUACCGCUGCGGGGACUGCGGCCAGUCCUUCACGCUGGUCACCCACCUCAUCCACCACCAGCGCGUGCACACGGGUGAGCAGCCCUUCGCCUGCGACGUGUGCGGCCAGCGCUUCGCCAAGCGCUCCUCGCUCCUGAGCCACCGCAAGGCCUCGGCCAGCGCCAAGCCGCACAAGUGCGCUGUGUGCGCCAAGGCCUUCCGCAAGAAGUCGGACCUGGUCAACCACCACCGCAUCCACACGGGCGAGCGGCCCUUCCGCUGCUACGAGUGCGGCAAGGCCUUCACGCAGAGCAUGACGCUGGUGGAGCACCAGAAGACGCACACGGGCGAGCGCGCCUACCGCUGCCGCGAGUGUGGCAAGCGCUUCACCAAGUCCUCGGCGCUCAUCCUGCACGAGCGCAUCCACACGGGUGAGCGGCCCUUCAAGUGCGCCGACUGUGGCAAGGCCUUCAACCAGAACGCGCACCUGUCCAUCCACCUGCGCAUCCACACGGGCGAGAAGCCCUACAGCUGUGCGCAGUGCGGCCGCUGCUUCCGCAAGAUCUCCUUCCUCUUCCAGCACCAGGCCAUCCACAGUGACGAGAGGCCCUUCAAGUGCGGCGUGUGCGGCAAGGCGUUCGUGCGCAAGUCCACACUGGUGCAGCACGGCCGCAUCCACACCGGCGAGAAGCCCUACACGUGCGGCUACUGCGGCCGGGCCUUCCGGCACCAGCCCACGCUCACGGCGCACCGCCGCAUCCACACGGGCGAGAAGCCCUACCCCUGCAAGGUGUGCGGCAAGGCCUUCCGCCGCCUGGGCAACCUCACCUGCCACCAGAAGAUGCACGCGGAGGAAGAGGAGGCGGCAGCCGCGGUGCGCGCCAACGAGGAGGCGCCCCGCGCCUGCGAGGACUCCGCUUUCACCCUCGUGACUGUGGAGUGA